AUGGAUCUCCCUCGAACAUCACGUUUCCUGGAUCCCACAUCCGCCGUGGCGGCUCUGACCAAGCACAAGGCAGAGGCCAUUAAACUCGCCCGAGAACAGAGCACCGCAGUGCGAGAAAUGUGCCGCAGAGCAAAAACAGAAACACCACCUUAUGAAUUUGAAGAGCUAAUCGGGAAGGGUGCCUACGGGCGUGUCUACAAGGGCCACCAGCUCCCGUCUCGCAAAGUUGUCGCUAUUAAGGUCAUGGAUAUCGACUCCUUAGAUUACAAGUCUGUGCGGGAUUUCAGGGACGAGUCGAUCAAGGAUUUUAUCCAUGAAACCAAGGUGAUGAAGCAGGUCAAGGAUGCCGGGGCAAAGAAUAUCAACGAGAUCAUCGAGGCGAUAUCGAUCCAUUCGCAGCUGUGGUUGGUUUGUGAGUACUGCCCUGGCGGUAGUGUGAGAACUUUGAUGCGAGCUACGGGCGACCGACUCGACGAGAAAUUUAUCAUCCCCAUAGCACGAGAACUGGCUGCUGGAUUGCGCGCUAUCCAUGAUGCAGGCAUCAUCCACAGAGAUAUCAAAGCCGGGAACAUUCUUAUCCACGAAGAAGGCAGACUGGAAAUUUGUGAUUUUGGUGUCGCCGGAAUUCUUCAAUCUCGCAUGGACAAACGCUCCACGUGGAUCGGCACUCCCCAUUGGAUGCCACCGGAGAUGUUUUCAACUAUUGGUCAGGCACAUCGGUACGGUAGUGAGAUUGAUGUUUGGGCCUACGGAUGUACUCUGUUCGAAUUUGCCACGGGAAACCCCCCGAACUCGAACCUCCGUGAGCGAAUGCAGAUAGGCCGGCAACUCAACCGCAAUACACCCAAACUCGCAGACAGCGAUAAAUACAGCGAAGGCUUACAAAAUUUGGUUGCCUUUGCCCUUGAUUCCGACCCAACUACGCGACCCACGAUGGCGGACAUUCUGUUGCAUCCUUAUAUCGCCGACUCCGAAGAGGAGUAUCCAACGCCGUCCCUCAGCGAGCUCGUGCGGAACUACUACCAAUGGUCACAGCGUGGAGGCCAGCGGAUGUCAUUGUUUCACCCGGGGGGUGCAGCAGCAGCGGAAAUGCCGGGUGCGGAUCCAGACUCUGAUGAGGACUGGAAUUUUAGCACUACGGAUGACUUUGAACGGCGGUUCUCUGUGAUUGACCUGGACCAGAUCGCAGCCUCUCUGGCGGAAAUGGAAGCAGAGAUAAACACGGCCAAAAACCAGCCCCAGCAAGAAAAGCUCAACGAAGAGCUUGGCGAGACAGAAAUGACCGAGGAAGACAAGGCCAACUUUGAUGAACGGGUGCGCCGAGGUGCUGCUGCCAUGGAGGGUCUUUUCGAUGAAGAAAAGCCGAUCUACAAGUACGAAACCAAGAAUGAUUUUGUGCCAAUUGAACCGAAGGCGCCUGUUUCUGAUCUCCCAUUGCGUACGGAGACGGACCGUUCUUCAGUCACAUCCACGUUCAUUGACAUUGACAUUGGCUCCUUCGACUCAUCCCACUAUGCCGCUGGAGCGUCUUCAGCCCAGCCAUUCCAACUUGCCGACGCGGAUACCAUUAGAGCCAACAGGUCCAGCGGCCGUCAGAAUCGCGGUUCUAGCGAGAGCCGGUCCCGAUCCUCCAGCAGCGAAGUGAGCAGUACCGCCGACUCACAAGACCUGACCUACCAGCCGCGCGCAGGUCCACGACCGCCGACGAUGGACUGGAAAUUCCCAACAUUCAUGCAGCCUACUACGGAAGAGUCGGAGUCUGAACAGGAGCCCGAAUCAGGGGUAGAGACUGGGUCUGGAUCCGACUCCGACUCCGAGAAUCCUCUGGGUUUACAGCCACCUGCACAGGAUGCCGUUGGCCGGCGGGCCACAAUGGAAUGGACAUUCCCCGUGAUGACUGCAUCAACAGACACCGACGAUGCUGACCCGGGCGAUCAAAGCAAGCCACAUCACCAUGCACCAGAGAGCCGCCAGAAUACUCUCAGAGCAAGCGAUUCCGAGCUCCACCCCGCGCCUCUUCGCACCAGUGACCACAACACUCUCCAAGUGAACCACAUCGGCGAGCCCGGUGAGUCGCGGCCCUCGACAGCAUCCUCAGACUACGAUCCCUUCCUCUUUGACCUUCCCACCACCACCAUUACCACCACCACCCCCGAUGGCAUGCCUACCCAGCAACAACGUUUCGUUGACUAUGAAUAUCCAGAAUUGCUUACCUCAGUAGGGUAUCCCGAAUAUGAGCAGUCGUCUGUGCUAGAGGGUCCAGGUCCUGACGAAGAGGAUCCCCACCCGGCCUGGCAGAACAACACCGAAAUCGCACGGCCCGUCACUCAGCCCGCGCCCAAUGGGCAUACCGAACCGUUCCCAGCCGCACUCCCCUCGAAGGAGGAACCGCGCCGGUCGUUUCUCACUGCGGACAGCUCUCCCAUGUCGGAACCCUUGCCCACGGCCAGAUAUGACCCGCGGGCCAGUAGCACUGGUGAGGAGCCCAAAAUCCAGUUCCCGGAUCUCCUGCCCCCGCGCCUUGAGGUCCUGAUGGAGGGUGCCGGUGAUGCAGCGGUGACCGCCGAGUUGGAUAGAUUGCUGGGCGACUUCCUCGAUGCGCUCUCGGCCACUGGCGAAGCCCUCUCCCAGACCAAGAUCCGAACCGCGGGUCGGAGCGAUCAGAGCGCGUCACCGGACAAAUUGGAGUGA